AUGAAGUGCACCCUCUUUGGUGACUUGGUUGACAAAGCCCUUGGCUUAUUUGAUAAAGAUGAUGGUCAGCCUAUUAUCUUGGUGGCACAAUUCUUUAAGCCUAAUUUCUAUCUCAAUAAGGUCAAUGAUCAAAAUAGCCUUUAUGCCUCUUACCUGUUUUUUAACCCUGAGAUCCCCAAUGUUCUUGCAUUCAAGAAUAGGUUAAUAAAGAGAGGUGAUCUAAAGGCUCAGUGUAUUAAUUAUAUACAGAGCCAUCCCGUAAAUUCAAUUAGUGAUGAGUUGCAUGGUGGUUCCUUACUAAUCACUACUAUUGAGGAAGUCUUGGACAAAACAAAUGAAGCUUCAUGUUGGAUAAUAGCCACUGUGGUUUCUAUUGAAGUUGGUGGAAAUGAUUGGUAUUAUGAUUUGUGCAAGAGUUCUCCCAGAAAGGUGAAGGAGAAUAAAGGUUGUUAUUCGUGUGAGCAUUGCGGUAAAGUUGGUUUCAAUGCUCCUCUGAGGUAUCAUCUUCAUGUUAUUACUACUGAUGGUACUGUUUGUAUUGGCCUAAUCAUUUGGAAGCAAGAGGCAAAACUGGGUGUUGGAAAGUUUGCAAGAAAAGUCAAAGACCUCAGUAGAGGAGAAAAUGUGGCAUGCUAUCCCAAAGUUUUGGAUAGCAUUAUAAACAAGAAAUUUCUGUUUAAAUUGUCCAUUAUGAAAAAAAAUCUCACCUCAAUCGAUCAAGUGUAUAAUGUAGUUAAGAUCAGUGAUGAUGACACACUCAUAGCCCUUUAUGAGUCCCAGUCUUGCUCUAUAGAUAUGGUGGGAGUUGACCAAAGUGUUUCCAAUCUAUUGCCUGCAUUCUUUACUAAUGAGGUUGAGUCUGAUGUACAUUCUGCUGCAGUUGUGUCUUUAUCUAAGGAUUCAGGUUCGGAGAGCAUUUUUUAG